AUGGCGAGUGAGCUGUCGCCUUCUUCUUAUCCCAAGAAAACUCAGAUAUUGAUUACAGAUGUGCCCCAAAGGGACUUCGAUAAGGAAUGGCCGCAGGAUCUGCAAAAGCAGUUGUUUGAACAGAAUUUCCCAGAUCUCAAGAAGCAUUGCCUGUAUUACACUCCGCUGGCAUUUUUGCGCCGAGUGGUGAUCAUCUUCGAUGAAGAAGAGGCUACAAACGCCAUCCACGAAUACCUGGUCCGCGAGCUAGCCGCUUCGCACCAAUCCGUCAAGAUUCACCUCACUGAGUCACUACUUUCUAAGCCUCGUGCAAGGUCGCAGGAGUCGCUCAGCAACGCUGAGGAAGUUGACUUCCAAACAUUCAAGAGGCCACAACUUUCCUUGAGAACCGACAGUUCUCAGCCUGCGUCGCCGUCGCUCUCUCCAGACAGAUCCAGCUCUCACUCGCCCACCGCAAUGCGGUUCCCAGACGACCACAAGAUCCACUACUAUCAAGAGCCUUUGCCUAAAGUGCACGACGAAGGCAAUCGUUCGGGUGCUGCAAAACUGCUUUAUGAACCACGGCUGACUCUGAACACUACAAACACCGGUCAAAGCUCGGACAGCCUCUCACCGGCCCCGAUGAGCCCUUCCAUUACCCUUAACGAAUUCCAACCAUGA